GAGACCCAACCACAAAACCCUACUAAAACCCCACGCCCUUUAUAAUCAUUUUCUACUUUCACCUAACUCAGGGCUCCUAAAUACGCUCCUCGGCGCUCUUUCACUCUCUCUUUCUCUUCCUCUGCAUUAUGCACAGGCUCUCUAAUCGCUCUGUCUCCGCUGUCCUCCGGGCUCCUGGAGCACGGUACAGGACUGCCGCCGCGGCCUCAAUCCCACGCUCUACUCCCUCUAUCGAUUCGGUGCCGGAUAAUGAUGCGAAGUUCAGAUGGUAUUCGGCUUCAACGGCUGGGAGGUGUGACGCAGCCAGAUCGUCUACUCAAUUGAACUUGAAAAGCGGCCUGUUUUUGGGUAACCGAUACGAAUCAACUGCCGCUGCAUCAGAUGCAGCCACUCCCCCACCAGCUGAGAAAUAUGAGUAUCAAGCAGAGGUUAGUCGGCUCAUGGACCUUAUUGUUAAUAGCUUAUACAGCAACAAAGAGGUCUUUCUUCGUGAGCUUAUCAGCAAUGCAAGUGAUGCCUUGGACAAGCUGCGUUACCUGAGUGUUACUCAGCCAGAACUUUUAAGGGAUACAGUUGAUCUUGAUAUUCGUAUCCAAACUGACAAGGAUAAUGGGACUGUAACCAUAAUUGAUUCUGGCAUUGGUAUGACUCGCCAAGAGCUUAUAGAUUGCCUGGGAACAAUUGCACAGAGUGGAACUGCAAAGUUCUUGAAGGCAGUGAAGGAAAGCAAGGACUCUGGUGCUGACAGCAAUUUAAUUGGUCAAUUUGGUGUGGGCUUCUAUUCAGCUUUUCUUGUCUCUGAUCGUGUUGUUGUCUCAACAAAAAGCCCAAAAUCUGAUAAACAAUAUGUAUGGGAGGGAGAGGCAAAUGCUAGCUCAUAUACUAUUCGUGAGGAGACUGACCCAGAGAAGCAUAUUCCCAGAGGAACAUGCCUUACAUUGUAUCUCAAGAAUGAUGACAAAGGCUUUGCGCAUCCUGAGCGGAUUCAGAAGCUUGUGAAAAACUAUUCACAAUUUGUUUCAUUCCCAAUCUACACCUGGCACGAGAAAGGUUUUACCAAGGAGGUUGAGGUUGAUGAUGAUCCAGCUGAAGCCAAGAAGGAUGACCAAGAUGAGAAAACUGAGAAGAAGAAAAGGACAAAGACAGUUGUUGAAAGGUACUGGGACUGGGAGCUUAUUAAUGAGACUCAACCAAUCUGGCUUCGCAACCCUAAGGAAGUGACAACAGAGGAAUACAAUGAGUUUUACAAGAAAACCUUUAAUGAAUUCUUGGAUCCAUUAGCAUCUUCACACUUCACAACUGAGGGUGAGGUCGAGUUUCGUUCUAUACUCUAUGUUCCAGCUGUUGCUCCUAUGGGAAAGGAUGAAAUCUUGAAUCCCAAGACAAAGAAUAUAAGGCUUUAUGUUAAACGGGUUUUCAUUUCAGAUGAUUUUGACGGAGAAUUGUUUCCUCGAUAUUUAAGCUUCAUCAAAGGUGUUGUGGAUUCAAAUGACCUUCCCCUCAAUGUCUCACGUGAGAUCCUUCAAGAAAGUCGAAUAGUGCGGAUCAUGAGGAAACGCUUAGUUCGAAAGGCCUUUGACAUGAUUCUGGGGAUUUCCCUGAGCGAGAACAGAGAAGACUAUGAGAAGUUUUGGGAGAACUAUGGAAAAUACUUGAAAUUGGGAUGCAUAGAAGAUCCAGAGAAUCACAAGCGUCUUGCACCACUGCUAAGAUUUUUCUCUUCCCAAAGUGAGGAUGAAAUGAUCAGCUUGGAUGAAUAUGUUGAGAACAUGAAACCUGAGCAGAAGGAUAUUUAUUUUAUUGCUGCUGACAGUGUUAACAGUGCUAAGAACACACCUUUCCUUGAGAGACUUAUUGAGAAGGAUCUAGAAGUCCUAUAUUUCAUUGAUCCCAUUGAUGAAGUUGCCAUCCAGAGACUGCAGUCUUACAAGGAGAAGAAUUUUGUUGAUAUAAGCAGGGAAGACUUGGAUUUAGGUGAUAAGAAUGAGGAAAAGGAGAAGGUCAUGAAACAGGAGUUUGGCCAAACUUGUGAUUGGAUUAAGAAGCGCUUGGGUAACAAAGUUGCCAGUGUCCAAAUCUCAAACCGUUUGAGCUCAUCCCCUUGUGUUUUGGUGUCUGGGAAGUUUGGUUGGUCUGCCAACAUGGAAAGACUAAUGAAGGCACAAUCAGUUGGUGACACUAGUAGCUUGGAGUUCAUGAAGGGAAGAAGGGUGUUUGAGAUCAAUCCUGAACAUCCUAUUAUUGAAAACUUAAACGCUGCAUACAAAAGUAAUCCAAAUGAUGAAGAUGCCCUGAGAGCCAUUGAUCUUUUAUACGAUGCAGCUCUUGUUUCUAGUGGCUUUACUCCUGAGAAUCCAGGGGAGCUUGGUGGGAAGAUAUAUGAGAUGAUGGGCAUUGCUCUUUCAGGCAAAUGGUAUACACCUGCUAAAUCUAAGCAUUCUGAAACCCAACCUCAGAACACUGACAUACAGGAAGCUGAGGUGGUUGAGUCUGUCGAAGCAGAUAAUCAGAAAUAAGAAGCACCUGGUUCUGCCGUGCAAUUUUCUUGUUUCGGCAUGCAUAUACUGUAAUCGGAAAAACAGAUUUAGGGCAUGGUUCAUGAACGUGGAAGAAAGUUGUGGAUUUAAUCUGGGUGUAUCCGAAUGCGGGAUGCCAUUUUCUCUUUUUUUUUUUCGGGCCGAGAGGGAUGCCAUUCUAUUUAAUAGUCUUAUUGGGAUGUUAAUCCAUGAUUUUAAAAUGUUAA